CUGAAGGGCAACCCCACCAUCGUCAUCCAGAACCGUGCGGGCGGCGGCGGCAACCUGGCCAUGAAUUGGAUUUACGAGCGUGCGCGCCGAAACGGUACCGUGAUGGGUUGCCAGACCGCCAGCGGCCGCUACACGGAAUGGUUCGUGGGCGACCCCAAGAAGGCGGGUCUCCGGGCAAACAUGGAGGAGAUCAUUCCGGUCAUGUUCACGCCCGUGUACAGCGUCGGAGUGGCGAGGAAGGACCUUGACCCGCCGCUCAACAAGCUGGAAGACCUCAAGAAGGCCAAGACCUUCAACGUGGGCGGAUUCCGCGCCGACGGCGCCAAGGACCUCAAGUUCCGCACCUUGUUCGAACUGGCAGGGGUGAAGUUCAAGUACGUCACCGGAUAUCAGGGGUCGUCGGACCUGCUGGCGGCGUUCCUCCGCAAGGAGCUCGACUACAUCGACGGGAGCACGCCGUUCUACAUUCCCCGGCAAAUACCCGCCAUCGCGCCGGGCGUGCCCGCGCGUGAGUUCGUCAAGCGGCUUUCGGGCAAGGAACCUUCCGGGCCGCUGUGGCAGCUCUUUCAGGUCCACACCAGCUACCGCCAGAUUCUGGCGCCGCCGGGGGUCCCCAAGGCGGCCGUGGAUGCGGUGCGCUCGGCGUUCGUUGCCGUCAACAACGACCCCGUGUUUCGGGCCGAGUACAAGAAAAACGUCGGUAUCGAGCCGGGGAUGUUGACCACGCCCAAGGACAUCGAGAAAGCCAUGGUGCCGUGGAAGACGGCGGGCGAAGAGUUGAGACAGUUCCGCGCGAAGUACAUAGAAGAAGGGCGCAAGCUUGCGGCCAAGAGAUAG